GUCAGACUAUGAUCAGCUCAGAGAAAUCCUUGUUGCUGUGACUCAGGAGAGAGAUUCAGCCCUGCAGGAGAAGAUCCAUCUCCAAGGCAAACUGGAGAACCUAGAGCAGGUGCUAACGCAUAUGCGAGAGGCUGCAGAGCGGAGGCAGCAGCUAGAGGUGGAGCAUGAGCAAGCCUUGGCUGUUCUCAAUGCAAAACAACAGGAGAUUGACCUUCUUCAGAAGGCUCAAGUUGAAGCUAAGAAGGAGCAUGAGGGUGCAGUCCAUCUUUUAGAGGCCAAAGUCAGAGAACUGGAGGAGAAGUGUCGGAUACAGAGUGAGCAGUUCAAUCUCCUGUCCAAAGAGCUGGAGAAGUUCCGCCUGCAGGCAGGGAAGUUUGAUAUACUCAGCACCAACCCGUUAACCGUGUGCGAGUCGCCCGGGUCCCCCAACAAAACCCUGUCCCAGCUUCUCAACGGACUGGCUGCCCCCCUCGGGAAAGGCAAUGAGAGUCCAGCGACCAGGUCGGUAAUAUCAGAGUUCAUCCGACCGCUCCAGAUCAGUGGAGACAAACCCGAGCUCCUAUCGGUCAAGCCAACAUUCCUCACCAGGAGUUCAACUGGCAGCCCCAGACGGGCCUUUCUCUCAGAGAUGGACAAUGAACUGGGUUCCACGACCAGGUCCAAGGCCAGGUACACAGGGAAGGUCCGCCUCUGCAUCGCUCGCUACAGCUAUAACCCUUACGAUGGACCCAAUGAGAACCCUGAGGCAGAACUCCCCCUUGUGGCAGGGAAAUACCUCUACGUCUACGGGACCAUGGAUGAAGAUGGCUUCUAUGAAGGAGAGCUGUUGGAUGGGCAGAGAGGCCUGGUCCCCUCCAACUUUAUGGACUUUGUCCAGGAUGAGGAGCUGCCCCCUGCCCAGCCUGGGGAGAGCGCUAAGGAGUCGGCCUACCUCAACCACAGCGGCUUGGGCCUGCAGGGAGUGGGCGUGAGGAGCCUGGGGAGCCUGGGGAGCCUGGGCAGCCUGGGGAUGGACCUCUUCAGCUCCUGCAACAACGGGACAGGGACGCUGGAUGUCAGCAUCGACGAGAUCGGCGAAGACAUUGUGCCUUACCCCCGGAGGAUCAACCUAAUCAAGCAGCUGGCCAAAAGCGUCAUCGUGGGCUGGGAGCCGCCCGUGGUGCCCCCCGGGUGGGGCUCCAUCAGCGGAUACCACGUCCUGGUGGACAAGGAGGUGCGUAUGACCGUGCCCUUUGGGGGCAGGACCAAGGCGCUCAUCGAAAAGUUCAACCUGGCCACGGGCACUUACCGCGUGUCGGUGCAGAGCAUCACCGAGCGCGGCCUAUCGGACGAGCUGCGCUGCACUCUGCUGGUGGGCAAAGACGUGGUGGUCGCGCCCUACUACCUGCGUGUGGACAACAUCACGCAGAUCUCCGCCGAGCUCUCCUGGAUGCCCAGCAACAGCAACUACAGCCACACCAUCUUCCUCAACGACGCCGAGUACGACGUGGUCAAGGCCGGCGGAUACAAGUACCAGUUCUUCAACCUGAAGCCCAUGACCGUUUACAAGGUGAAGGCCGUGGCCCAGCCCCACCAGAUGCCUUGGCAGCUGCCCCUGGAGCAGAGGGAGAAGAGGGAGAUCUCUGUGGAGUUCUGCACCCAGCCUGCAGGACCUCCCUAUCCACCCCAGGAUGUGCAGGUCCAGUGCGGGCAGUCCCCGGGGGUCCUCCAAGUGCGCUGGAAGCCCCCAGUCCUCACUCCCACGGGAACCUCCAAUGGGGCCAAUGUGAUUGGCUACGCGGUGUGCACGAAAGGGCAGCGGAUUGCAGAGGUCAUGUACCCGACAGCCGACUACGUCAUUGUGGAGCUGAAGAGACUGCUGGGUCUGGAGGCUCGGGAGGUCAUCGUCAGAACAUUAUCAGCACAAGGAGAGUCCCAGGACUCCACAAUCGCCUCCAUUCCGCACAACCUCCUGGUACCUCUGCAUCCUGCGCCACACCCCCACCCCAUGCCCAAACCCAAACCAUUAGCAAGUGCCAGAGAGCCAGAAACCAAAGAGCAGGAGCCGGGCGUGGCCCACCACGGCCUGCGGCUCAACCCGCCCUGGGAGCCGGCUCGCUCCCCCUCGCCCCUCCCCCCGUCGCACGGGCACACUCUGGAGCCCCCCCACUUGCAGGGCCGCCGCUCCCCGUCUCCGCAGAGGAUCCUGCCACAGCCUCAGGGAGCCCCCAUCCCCAACACCGUGGCCAAAGCCAUCGCCCGGGAGGCGGCGCAGCGGGUGGCGGCCGAGAGCAACCGGGUGGAGAAGCGGAACAUCUUCAGUGAGAGGAGCAAUGCCAUUCACCCCCUGAACUCGGACGAGGAGGAGGAGGGGUACGAGUCUCCCCACACCCGGCGGAGAGGAGCCUCUGUGGAUGAGUUCCUGAGGGGCUCAGAGCUGGGCAGACAGCCCCACUACAGCCACAGCGAGGAGUACCAGACUGAGAGCAGCCGGGGCUCCGACCUGUCAGACAUCAUGGAGGAGGACGAGGAGGACCUGUACUCCGAGAUGCAGCUGGAGGAGGGCCGGAGGCGCAGCAUCAACUCCCACAACACACUCAAGAUUUUAGGGAACUCCCCCUCCAUGGGACGCUCGGACAGACUGGAUCACUCAGGACGGAGAAUGACGCACGGCGGGGGGCCCCCUCAGCGACGGCCCAUGAUGGUUCCUUCCAUUGAGAUCACCAUGGAGAGUAACAGUGAGGGGAGUGAGGGGAACCUCUCACCUGUCAAGGAGGAUGUUUACUAUGGCAGUGUAGCUCGGCGCAGGAUAUGGCCCGUACAGCGAAGUAUGGCCUCAGAUCGUCGAUAUGACGGCUACGGUGGGCGGGAGCGCCACUCCCCGGAGUACUACGAGGAGUCAGAGCCCGAGGACCUCUCCCGGAUAUUUGUGGCCCUGUUCGACUACGACCCCCUCUCCAUGUCCCCCAACCCGGACGCAGCAGAUGAGGAGCUCCCCUUCAAAGAGGGGCAGAUCAUAAAGAUCUACGGGGACAAGGACACGGACGGGUUCUACCGGGGCGAGAUCUUUGGUAGGGAAGGCCUCAUCCCCUGCAACAUGGUGUCAGAGAUCCAGACGGAGGACGAAGAGAUGAUGGAUCAGCUCAUCAAGCAGGGCUUCCUCCCACUGAACACCCCUGUAGAGAAGAUAGUGAACUGCGAUCGUUUCAAAGACGGGCGUUCAGUAAACCGCAGGUCCCGAAAAUCCAAGCGAGAGCGAAACAGAAGGAGCGGGAGGCAGCACCCAGUGUCCACCCGGAGGAUGGUGGCCCUGUACGACUACGACCCCCGAGAGAGCUCCCCCAAUGUGGAUGUGGAGGCUGAGCUGACGUUCUGUGCAGGUGACAUCAUCACAGUUUUUGGGGAAAUUGAUGAAGAUGGGUUUUAUUAUGGUGAACUCAAUGGACACAAAGGUCUCGUUCCUUCAAACUUUCUGGAAGAAGUGCCUGACGACGUAGAGGUCUUUCUCACAGACAGUCCAUCUCGAUAUCCCCAGGACGCUCCCGCUAGGACAAAGACCAAAAGGGUUCCACUGGAAAACACUGGCCCGCCCAGAAGAGCCGCCUCCCCCACUGUGCGCCAACACCUCCCCGGCUCAGGGCCCGCCACCCUGGGGCCCGGCAGUCCCAUCAGGGGCCCCCGCGACAUGUCCUCCAAAAAGAAAAAGGGACUACUCUCCAAAGGGAAGAAACUCUUGAAAAGACUUGGCGCCGUGAAAUAAUUACUAGUAUACUUACUGAAGUAUAUACCAACCACAUUCAUAUUACAGAAAAAAACUCUAUUCUUUCAUUACUGUAAUUUAAAACAAAUGGGAAAAAAUAGCUGUCAAAACUAGGAUUUUCAUGACAACUGUCAACUAGUCAAGUGCUGUACACACAUCUAACUCGUGCUCUGAAGCUCUGAAGCUCUGAAGCACACGGUUCAUGCUCAGUUUUGACUUUAUUUGUUUGAUCUAAAUGCAGGGACUUUUACAGGGGAUGGCAGAAUACCAGAUGUCACACUUUUUAUGCAACCUCUCCAGUCAAGUAUGUUUAUUGUGGAUUCCAAGUGGAUCAAAAUGUUCUCAGUUCUGAAUGUAGGUCAGUCAGAGGGCAUUCACAGUAUUUGUUACCUCUCUCUAUAUAAAACACACAUUAAACUCAGUAAUGACAAUGCAAUGCCCCCCUACCAUCACACUGUUAUUGUUGUUCUUGUAAGCUUGCCUCCAAACAAUUUGGAUGGUGGAUGUUUACAGCCCAUGACUGACUAGGAUCAAAGAGGGCCUUAGUAUACUCUGUAAACACUAUCAGAUAGAAUUUUUAUAUAUAAUAUAUAUAUUUACUGGCUUUGGCAAAGAGAAAAUAAAGCAUAGGUAACAUUAUAGAGUAUAUUGUGAAAAUAACACCCAGAGACAGCAAACUAAAUUCCCAUUUCAAGAGCAAACGGUUUCUCUAAGAGGAAUUGGUAAAGCAUUGCUUUCUUUUGGCUGCAAAAAAUACACACCCAUUUGGACCAACAGGUGUCAACACUCAAGUCUUGGCUUUUUCAGCUUUUCAAAAGGGAAUGCAUCCUUUCACUCACGACUAGUUCAUCAGUAUUGAAUGGUCAUGAAAUGCCUAGUUGAAACCAGCCUCCAUGUAUUUGCCUUAUUAAUGCACAAUGGUUUGUAUUUUGUCCAGUAAAUGGAGCAAGAGUAGUUUGUAUGUACUGUGUGCAUUCAUGUUAGUGUAUUCCUUCUUGAAGAAAAAAAGAAAUGUAGUUUCAAGUUAUGUGAUGAAGUGAUGUGGUACUAACUACAUUUCCAUGUAUAUCUGAUUUUGUUGGAGGGCAAAAGGGGGUUGGGGGGGGGGGGUUCUGAAUAGUCCCACUUUUUUAAUCAGAUGGGUCAAAUUUUCCCAAGUCCCAAGUUUUCUCCAGAUUCUACACAAAAAGGAGUUAAUGUGCUUACACGCUAAUUUAUGGCCAUGACGCUCAUCAAAUAUUAUCCUGUUGUGACGGGCAGGAACAAACAUCCCAUCAUACUUUAAACUAAUGGACUGUUUCUGCAUGUUCCAUAUUGUUAUAUUGAAGGGAAGCCUUGGUCAUUUUAUCCCCCCGAAAAUAUAGUGCAGUGAAUGAAGAGCAGUGUUUUGGGCGCCCCUAAAAUCGGUUUGAUUUCAUCAUGUUCGCCACACCUUUGGUCCAGAGCUGGUAUGUGAAAUGAAUCCUUUCUCCCUGCUUUUCCUCUACACAUUAAUCAAAGCCAACAUUUCACACCACCAUUAUCACUGACCAUUUUUAUGUUUGUUACCUGUUCUAACCGCUUUAUGUCCAUUUUAUCUAUUUUUGAAUGAAAAAAUAAACACUUGAGAUUAGAACUGAGACUGCCAAAAAUGGAAUGUACAAUAUGUUGGGUAUAAUUUGCAUAAUUGUUCGCCAAAUUUAAAAGAAUUCUGCACUUGAUCCAUUUAGAUGUACAUUUUUUCCAAUUCAUUAAAAAAAGUGAUUGGGCAUAGCUUCUAUACAUAUUGUUUUGAGUGACUGUUGCUCUUUUUGUACUUGUCCAUUUGUAAAUUGUUUUUAAAUGUUUAUACUUGAUUUUCAGACUGCCUUUUUUGUAAAUUAAGAUUUAUAAUCAAACAGUGCAAGCUUUCCCCAUGGUGUCUUCAGAAACGUUUAAAAGUCUGCAAUUGUGUGCUAGCUUUAUGAAUCAAAAAUAUAUAUCAUUGGCCUAUAUUUGUGGUUAUCAAAUACUGUGUGGGUGUGCAUGUGUACAAAUUUUUUUAUCAAAAUAAAUUUGAUAUUUUGUAA